GUCUUAGGGUUUUCUCCCAAUGGAUUUGCUCUGUUUAAUCUCCAAAAAUAGAUGAAAAUAGCUUCUAGUACUUCUAUAUUUGGAAGCGGCAACAGUAACGGUCUAAUUACCGUGUAAUGGACAUUUAUAUAACUCAGUAACACCUUCACGUGUUCCAAUUUGUUCCAUAAGCUUCAAGACUCAACAAAAUCAGUUAAUAAUAAAGAAAACAUUGCCCUAUCGUUUAAUCCAAAUGGGGAGAAACCAAGGCUGGUGUUUGUUUGUGGCGGCGGCUGUGGUCGCAGCAUUGUUACCAUCAUCAACCAUGGCGGGUCGUCUGGAGCUAAAGAACGAAAUCUCGGGGGUGACUGGUGUCCGGAAAUUGAAGCUGGCCGUGCGGUGCUGGUCGAACGAGGACGACCUAGGGUGGGAUACGCUAAAGCCAAUGCAAUCACGGGUAUGGAAGUUCACGACAAUGAACAUGUGGCCUUUCCAGAAAACCGAGUUCCGGUGCCAGUUUCGUAGCGGGUUUGGAACAACGAGCCAAGACGUGGUGACAGUGUUCUCUGUCCAGAGCGGGUUCAGGAAAGAGUGCGGAGACGGAGGCGACGAGUGCAUUUGGGUAGCGAAGAGAGAUGGUUUCUAUCAAAGAAGGAUCGUAAGGGAUGAGAAUGGUCGUAAGAGCUUUGUUGAUAUACUCAAAAGCAAAUGGGUUUGGAAAUGGUGAUUAAUUCAAUACUUUUAUACAAUUUUUAAUCAAAAACAUUCAUUAUACGGGUUAAAUCCACGUGAUAACAUUGUUAUAGCAUAUGGCUAUAACCACUAAACUACAUGUUUAGAUCUUACCAAUCAAUAUUUUUAUUCAUUUUCUUACCUCUUUUUGUUAGACUGGGACGUUAGUUUAUUGACACAGAUACACAUGGGGUUAUAUAAAUACACACAUAAGUAUACAUGAAGAUUUACGAUACUAUAGAGAAAGCCGUAGCAUUCGUUAUUUCAUAUCGUAUAUUACAAAAAUAGUGUGGGUGAUCUCUAAUCCUGAGUAAAAAACCACUAAAAUUAGUUUUGAUGUAAAACAACACCCGGCGUAAACUUUUUUGGUUUCAAUUUCUGUUGGAAACAAAAUUACUAUUGUUUGGUUGGGUUUCGAUCUACACAGUUUACAUAAUAGUUUCGAAACAGACAAUUUGAUUAUUCCUUGAUAUACGGAAAAAUAUUCCAAACUCGGAUCAAGUAGAACGAUAUCCGAUUCACUCUAUAAUAAUAUUAAAGGGGUUUUUAAAGGCUGAACGAAAUCAGUCGAUAUGACAUAUGAAAAGGUAAAAAAACAUCCGCAUUACAAGUUUUAGUUAAUUUUCUAAAAUCAACAUGAUAAAAAAUUUGAAUGGAUAUUUCAAAUUUAACAAACUUAACUCAUUAUUA